AUGUUUAAAAUUAUAUUCGCGAAGAACGAAAGUCGAGUGUGGGCGAUGAGUUUUAUCGCCGAAAAUAAUUUUUUCGGACCGUUUAAUGGUGACUUCACCAGAUUGAUCAAAAGAAUUCAGUACCUAGAAAGAUCUAGUGCGCCUUUGGAGGUAAGUAAGAAAUUUCAUGGUUAUUAGAUUUAGGACCAUAUUAACCCUGCUUUAACAGCAGGGGAAAAAACGGAACGCGAAGCUCUUAAAGCAAAAAUAAGAUCAAUUGCACAGUGUUACUUACCUCUGAGAUUUUGCGAUUUUAAUUUCUUUAUCAAUAAUCCUGAUGUAUAGAUACACAAAAAAAGACAAAAAUCCCAGAUGAUUUGAGUUAAUCUCUAGGUUUUUAUCCCGAUUUAGUUUUAUAAAUUGGGAUAUUAUUCUCUUUGCAACUAAGAACAACAGUCAGAAUACAAAUUACGGGAUAACCUCAAUGAGUUAUAUACUGUUAAGGCUGAGUUUAUUCUUCAGAGCUUGUUCCUCAAAAUCAACUGAACUUUUUAUGAUUCACGCAAGUUACGAAACAUCUCUUCGAAUUACUACAUGAAAGUUAAACAUAUGCAAAAACACUACGAGUCCCUUUUUUGAAAUCUCUCUUAUCCGGACCUUUUGAAUAAAAUAAUUAAAAGUCUUUAUCCAUGAUUCCCAUAUCACCGAGUAUACUUCCAGAUAGAGCCAAGUUACAUCUACAGAUAACAGGUAACGAAAAAUUUAUUUCAGGACUGCCUCAAGGUUUUCUUGUAUUUUUUUGCUCAAAACGUUAGGGAUAUCUGACUGUGUUUUCAUGGCUUUGAAAAGCUAAGUACAGAGAAACGGAAAGUUUCAUGCACAAUUCAAGUGAAAAAUACUAAGUAACGAAGUCGCACGAAUUGAAAAGCAUAACUCGUGCGACAAACGUGAAGUCGGUUAACUGUGAAGAUAAGAUGAAAAACCGCACUACCAUUUUUAAGGCUAUAUUUAAGUACAGCUCGAACUGAUUAUUUUUUUACUAGGUGCAUAACAGCAAUUAAACGAGAAAUUGAGAAAAAAACUCAUUAUUAUUUUAAUCUAUCGGGAGUUUUGCCACGACUAUGCGGAAAUUAAAUGUGUUUGAUACUUCUGAUUUUAGUCCGAAUGCGCAGUGAGGAAACCAAAUUAAGAAGAUGAAUAGGAACUAGUUCAGCUACUUAUUUUUGACCUAAUAAUAAUCAAUCUGUAACAGGUUUGUAAUUAAGCUAAAAACGGAGUGCUUUAAUUUUUCCCUUAUUAUAGUUGAAAGAAUGAGGGUAACUUUUUCAUGAUCUUCUCAGCUGAAUAAAAACAGUUAAGUCAAAUUUUCAUUUUCAAGAACUGUUUGGGUCAUGCAUUGCAUAGAUCGUUUAGACGCAUUAAAAUGUACGAGAAUUGUUUUUCCGAGUGCGCACGAACAAGCUGCUUUUGAAUAUCCGAAUAUUUUACCAGAGAAGUGGGAAAACUAGUAUAUAACGCCAAAUUGCUGGGAUGGGUAGACAAAGAGCAUAUUACUUGAUAUUUUAAACUAGCUUCCGCCGCGGGAACGAACCUGAUCAGAUACUUUAAUUUCAAUUCAAAUUCUUUAGAAGAGUAUUCAUUCCUGAAAAAAAUUUUUAUGGUUCUGCCUUUAAUGUUUCCAGUAUGAUAUUUUCUUCCGUAAAUGACUUAUAAACUGCUACAAUUAGUUUGGGAGCCAUUUUUUACGUUCCUCGAAGACUUGUUAGCACAAAUAGCGCCAAAAAGUCAAUGGCACUCGAGUAGGUUUACUUUCCAUUCACUGCGUGGUUUAAUAUUUACUCUUUCAAGAAGAACAAUGUUGUACGAGGCCUUCAUUUUGCUGCAUCAAGACUUUGUUCAUCCUCAGACUGAAAUCAACUUUCUUUCUGCUCAAUAAUGAAUUUAACUUUGCCCAUCUCAUCUCAACGGAUGGUCAAUCAACUCGAAUAAUUGACAAGGGGAAGUGUAACUUUUUUCUUUGCUGUUAGUAAGACCUUAAGAUUGAAACCAAAGUUGUUCCGGGAUAAAUGGAGGUCUAUUUACAAGGUGUUAAUGAAGUUUGAGUCAAGAUUUAAUAGCCAACAUACUCAACACAACUUGAAAACAUAUGCCAAGUUCUCAUCUUCUAGUAAUAAUAUUCAUCUUCAUGAAAAUGUUCUGUCUAUUUUCAACAUGAUUUAUACCUUUGUCAUCGUUAAAGAAAACGAAACGAAAACGAUAGAGAAUAAGCUGAAAGUUAAGCUUGAUUUUACAAUAGCGUCGAUAGGAUUUGUUUUUCGAAGGAACUGUUGAUUGUUUCUGCACGAAGAGGAAAUUAAAAUGAAACAACACCAAACAACAUAAUAAAAUACCGUAUAUUGUCGAAAUGUCGUUGUUAAAACGAUGUACGACAAAAAGUAGAAUAAAACAGACAAAAUCACACAACAAAUAAAAAUUUAUUGUAAAAAUUUUCAGAAACACGAGAAAUAUUAGGCCUCCAGUUACAAUGUUGUCCAUUUUCGAUCCAGUCUUCUUUAGGAGUGAGUGUGUACAAGGCAUGUGUUAAAAGAAUCAAAAUCAAGUUGCUUUGUGACAACUGAAGAUCAGGUUUGAGAAUCAAACAUUUGGCAAACAGCAAGAGUACAUUAGUUGGUGGACUCCACAAUCAAUAUAUCAAAGCAUUUUACACCUUUACAAUGCUGAUUUUAAGUGGUGUUUAUUUAAGACACUUACGAUCUGGCUAACAUAUUGUCAUUUGUCACUAAAUGAAAAAUGCAUAACGAGCUUGGACUGAUUUUCGCGCCAUGAAAAUUAGAAAAGCUUCUGAAGAGGACGGAUACGCAAAACACUCAGUAGUUUUAAGGAUGCUAUUGUUCCUGGACACGAAUUGUAGCUUACAGUUAAUAGAGACAAAUUUCUCACAGAAGAUAACUCUUGAAAUUCUCACAGCUACAAGAAGAAAAAGGUUACAAGAAUAUAGACUUGAACAAGUUAAACCACAUCGAAGAAAGAACAGAAAGAAAAUACGAGGUAAUGUAAAAUUAGGCAUCAGAGAUUAUAGUUGAACUUAGGUAUGUGGCAAACGUGAAUUUAAAAAGAUUCCUUUGCGAUGAUUAAAAGAUAUAUCCAGAGAAAAAUUAGCUACAACUAAUUAACGAUUGUGUGUAUUGCCAAGUCGAUAAAAAGAACUCUUUGUAACAUUGGUUAAACAUACGUAUGUCGUGUACUGACAGACCUGAAAUUAAAUCAAGCUUAGAAGGAACCCUAUUCAUCUUUAGGGACAUUCCUUUCUAACGAAAUCGAAUGAAAAACUAAAAAUGACAUGUCUAAUUAAAUGCAAUGCAGACGCCUCGUUUGCAAUCGCCCAUUUCUUUUCUCAUUGUCUUGAUGAAAUAUUAAGCGUCAACGGUACACAUUUUGUAAUCCUCCGUGUUUAUCAUUUUUAAACAUAUUUUUUGUAGGUGUGAAUAUUGUUGACUUAAGUGAAACUGCCGGUUUCAAAAUUUUAGCCUCUAUUCUCUACUUUUAAACAAUAAUUCGAUUCCAUAUUUUCCUGGAAAGGUUUUUAACCAUUUCAUUAAAUAGGGUCUUUCAUUUAUUUUAAAGUUAUUGACGCUUCUUCCUUUACAUUUUAACAAUGAUGGGUCACUCACUUCUUUUUUAACAUGUUUUCCCUUUUUUCGUGUUUUGAUCGGGCCUGAUAAACUUUUAUUAUCUGGGUCUUCUCAAUCCGUAGCUAUACUGAACAUGCAAAAGGUUGAAAUGGGAGUGUAAUAAACUUCAAAAUACGUGAAUGAUUUCACAUUCUGGUCAAAACAUAGUGAUUGCGACUUGAAGACAUUCAAAUGGCUUAAAAAUUAGUCAAAUUUUCGCUCGUUUUCUAUGUUCAUCUCGAUAAAUAAGAAAAAAAUUCGAAUUUGCUAAUCCAUCAAAAAACAAAGCCUGCGCCACAGACGAAGCUAAACAUCUGGUUAAAGGGGAAAUGUGGAGCUUAAUUUGCUAUCUUUUCUCAGUUUUAAAAAGCUAAAACUAUUUUCGCAUUUAUUGAAUUCAAAAAUUAAUGGCUUAGUUUUGCUAUUUAAGACAAUAAUUUGGCAUUAAAAUUGUUUCCCUUUGUCUGUUGGCUGGGGAUGGCAAGGCUAAGAUGAACGUUGAAAAAGUUGGGCCACCCGCGUUAAAGUUUUAAUGGUAUACCUGCAAAAAAACACUCAAAAGCAUCAUAGUUAGAGCUCCCUGGCUAAAUUUGGUUGAUAUCCUCUCCAUAACUCUACAACAGCAUUUUCUGCCUGGGUUAAGUUAGCAAAGUAAUGCGGACUUCAGCACAGAAUUCAUUAACAUUAGACUGCAAUAUCCUCGUGACAAUAGCCUCUUCUUCAAGUCUGUCUGCGAACUAGGGCCGAAAUUCCCCCUUCUGGGCCACCAGCUGUGUACCAGGAUUUUGAGCACGCGCCUUGAUUGGCCGGCUGUUAAAAAAGCCACUAUACGAUUAGCCAAUCAGGUUAAAGGGAUCGAAACGCUCUCACGUAAUUCAUUAAGUCCGUCGCCGGGGGCAAUUGUCGGGAGCCCAGAACAACGAUCUCGGCGCUGCUUCAGUCCACAGACGUUACUAACCGUAGUAGAUUUUCAAGGAAUAUUACAGGUAAUGCCAUUAGUGUGGACUCUGUUAAAUCAAUGAAGGGAAUCAAAGGGUUUUCUACUUACACUGACGUAAAACGAUUAUAUCCGUUAACAUUUGGCAAAAAGAAGUAUUCAGUUCCAGCAAGAGGUUCUACUAUACGUAAGAAUGCCUAUCAAAAGUUUUCUUCACAGAGACAACGUUUAGAAACUGUGGUUUCUUUAUUAAUACGACACACCUGCCGAUCCGUUUGCACUUCCUUGCCUGAAUUUGAAAUAAAAUUGCAGCGUACCCCACACAGUAUCUUAGUGUAGGAAGUUUUCGCGCAUUCAAAUUAGUGCAAUAAAAUCCUAAGUACCUAAUGCUGCCGGCCUCAAAAACCAUGUUCCUAAUACCUUAUAAUUUAACUUUGAUUGAGGUAUUUUCACCCACCUUUCUCUUAAACGUAAAACUGAACAAAACACUUUCUUACUGCCGGGGAGAACGGACAGGAAAACUUUCAUGCACUUAAAAGGUGAUUUAGUAGUUCAGUCUGUGAUAAAAAUUGAACCAUACAUUUCCUGACUAGUCAAAUGCUUUUGUUGUGAUACUUGAAACACUUCGUUGUUUUACCACUCGAUAUGGCAGCCAUGAUCGAUCACCUCGGAAGUGCAUAAGUACAAACUUUGAAAAUAUUCGUGCUAAGAAUAAAAAUACUGAAGCGGUGGUAAUACAUUCGUAGAAAACAUUCUUGAGACUUACGAUCGCCGUAUGAUUUCUCUGCUCUCCAUUAUCAAACGAUUUUCAGCAGCUUGAACGUACAAAAGCAAUAUUUUCCAGCCUUCUUCAUUGCUAAAAGCGAGCAAAAAAAUGACUUGAUUUUGUGCUAUCAGAGGUAUAUAACUAAGAAUUUAUCAGAGGGCAUCAUUUCGAAGCAAAAGCUUUGAAGUCGAUCCAGGAACAAAUUAUGUUAGCGUUUCUCGACUAUUUUCAGAUGAUCAAAACAUUUACUGACAUGGAGACUAAGUAGUCGCCUAUAGUUAAAUAUGUUAGGAAAACCUCUAUUUUGGCCUGUUUCUCUUUCUUUGCUGGGAACGGUUUACAUUUUAAAGAGGCCAAGAAAGCUAGCAAUCAGAGUUUUUCGCCGUUAGUUUCUCACACCAGAGAAGAAAAACGAUGUGGGGCUGAUUCAUGAACCAGAACAUCUAUAUUUUGUUGCAUCGUAGUUAAAACUAACGAAAAUAUACUGAAAAUCAACUCCAGCCCAUGGCUGUCAGCUCUCCAGCAAAAAUCAAGUUAGCUGAACGGUGUUGACAACGUUAGUUCGCAUUAUUUAGUGAUCACAACUGCAUUGAUCUUGAGUACGACUUGGAACGAGAGAGGCUUCAUAAGAGCAAAAUUAAAGUACUUAGUUAUUUGGUUUAGAAAAGUCCCACCAUACAAAACUCGUUUUGCCUUUCGAUUUCUUGCGUUCAUAUACUUAUUUCAUAUUUGUAUUGCAGGAUCCAGAGGAAAAAGACUCGGUCACUGAAUACGAUUCUUUGCAGCAGGACGAUAUUUCCUGGAUGCAGAAAGCCAGGCCAGCUCUCUCCGAAGAAGAACAGAACAUGGAGGCGAUUCGAUCGACAGACGAUAACAUUUACUUCAGAUCCACAAGGGACAUUACGGCUGGCGAAGAAUUAAGAUUUUGGCUGGGACCAUCAUUAGUAAAAGAAUGCGGACUAUGUACACCAAAACCACGCCAAAUGCGGAAAGGUGAGUUCAGUUUUAGCAGAAACUCAUAAACCGCGUUAUGAACUUCUGGUUUUAACAAAUAAUUUUUUAGGCACUUUUUACUCCAACUACAUGUGUACCAUUUUAAAGAUAGUCUUUUGCUGUUUUGCUAUCGGGUUAAUUGAAAUACUAUGUUCUAUUGCACAACAGACGAUUAGUUCACUAAAAUCUUCCUCAGUCUACGAAGAAAAUCUUUAUCACUUGACAGGAGUUCGCAAUCAGGUGGACCUAUCUUUUCUCUAUAACUACUGACAACAAAAAUUAGCGAAUACUGACGCGACGACGAAAUUAUUCAAUAUUCUUGGAGUCUCUUUCCUACAGAAAAUAAACACUGCAAUCGUCCUCAAGAAAAUUAAGGUGUUGGUCUCCUUUUCACUUCUUUUAAAAACAGAGUUUUGUGCAUUUUUCAAAUUAAAAGCUUUCAACAUAACACAAAAUAAGUUCCAAACAAACCCUGUAGGUAUUGGCUCAAUAACUCCGAAUGAUGAUUGGAUUCAGUUUUAGACAAGUGAAAUAUUAAGCCGACUAUUUUUAGUCCAAAAUGCUUUUUGGCAAAAUGGCACCACUCUUAAUUAGCGACAUGAUGUUGAGACUAAUUGGUAUAUUAUUUUUGUGGCUGAGCCUUUUAAGUUAAUAAUUUAGAAACUGUGAACAACUCGAAACUUGUUUGAUAAGGGGAUUGGCUACUAGAAAAAAAAACGGUUGUUUUACAUUGUCAACAAAAUAUUCAAGAAAGUUCGUGACACAGAUUUUUUGGACGUAGCCGAGGGAACGUGUUUGGUGACCAUUUUUUGAAUGACUGUUUUUAUAAACUGAUGUUUUUUUUUUUCACGUAAACUUGCCUUAAUAGCUCACGUGACUUGAUUUGCAUAUUGUCUGAUGAGCAUUUGCACAAAAUUUUAGAUUCCUUUUUUCGAUAUGCGUUAAACUUCAAAAUGUACACCAUUCAUAACUUUUUAAAGGAAUUUCUCAUGCAGAGAACCCAUGCCCCAAUUUCCUUGAGCCCAAAGAUUCUCUGUCAUCAGACAAUUUAGCUUAAAGAGCUUUUAUCAUCUAAUUUCCUUGUUCUAGAGUCUUCUUUGGUCUGCCAGAUUUGCCAGGAAAGCUUUGAAUAUUCACGUGCAUUUUCCGUGCACACAGCUUUUGGCUGUGAAAAACUUGGUUCCGGUUCGUUUCCCCAGUGUGAAGGUGAAGUGAAAGACGAUGGUUUAGCAUCAACAAAUGGUGUUGAGACAAAUCAUUCACAUGACCAACUGGAAGAAAAACAACAGCACGGAACUGAAUUCGAGGUUAAGAAGUCACUCAACGAAGAUGUUCCGAGUACAAAGAGAGAAUUUUCCGAAACAGUCGGUAACAGUCGCGUCUUAUCCAACCCCAGACUAGCCAGCCUUAUUUCAAGCUUCUCCCGCCCUCGUUUCCGUAAGCGGUUAACUAACGAGUCUCAGUCAUUAGCUGAAUACCACAAACAGGAGUUCCGAAAGAAAUUCCAGGGUAAUGAGCACUACCUCCGAAGGCAUCUUUACCGCGAAAACAUGGAGACAAACGGCGCAAUGAAUUAUCGUCGUCCACAGACUUUGAAAGAAACCUUUAAUUAUUCUGACAGCCAUGGCGAUCAGGACGAAAUUGAUAUCCAAGAGGAAAGAGAGGAAUACAUAAACUGCUUUCGUAAAGACUACAAGCUAGCUGGAACCACCAUGUCUUCGUCAACUCAUGAAAUUUUUAGACGUACAAAAACAGUUGACGAACAAAAACACGACGCUCAAAGGGAAAAUUUGCUAUCGAGUGACUCUUUGAGAACUUAUUGUGAAGUAUCAGGCUCGACGGAAAAUAAAGCGACUUUCAUCACUGAUAGCUAUCCUACUACAAAAACCAAAAAAACCCAACAUGUGGACGAGGAACUAUUAUCAAGUGAAACUAUUCGCAAAUGCACAUGUAACGAGCAUGACAACGCACGCGGUACUCCAAAAUCCCCAACCGCAUAUAAAGGGAUGUAUACAGUACAAGACGUUGCUAUGGAGGAAGAUGAAAAAUGUAAUUUGAAUGAUCCUGUCCAGACACAUCUCAAUAGUUUUGAAUCAUUCUUUAUUUACCAGAGACUUCAAACAGAAGACCAAAUUUCAUACCGACAGCACUCGCACUGUCCCUGUUACUCUACGCCAACACUGUACAAACCAAAGGGACAUGUCUCAAGGUAUUACGAGCCCGCGUUUUUGUUGGACUCAAUGUAUCGUUACUCCCCCUAUCCGCGCAUGCUUCCUUUUCUGACGCAUCAACCUGUUAAGUCUUUUCAGACCUCCUCACGUAAUAAAGGCUUCACAUGCGAGUACUGCGGCAAGGUAUACUGCAGAAAAUACGUGUUGAAAAUUCACAUGCGCACGCAUACAGGAUUCAAGCCUCUCCGCUGUAAAGUUUGCGAUAAGUCGUUCAGUGAUCCUAGCAACAUGAAGAAACAUGUAAAGCUACAUGAGAAUGAAGAUACAGUCCACAAAUGCCGACAUUGUGGCAGGAGCUUUGUGCGAUAUAGAGGAUUGCUAAAUCAUAUUAAAUCAAAGCAUUCUGAACUUGCUCCGACAGAAACAAUGUAA